UCAUCCACACAAACAAUUGGAUGAGCCACCACCGGCAGCACGAGCUCUGCAUUAGCGAAAAAUGUCCCGCACACUCAAGAAGGAUUACCGCACCGCGGAUUUUGAGCAGCUGAGCCGUGAGAUCCGGAACCAUCCGAUAAUGAGGACUUCCACGGCGGAGCAGCAGCAGAUGCAGAAACUGCGGACGCCCGAGUAUCGCACCAAGUGCGUGAUGCGGGCCUCGUUGGAUGACAUUGCCCUGGGGAUCAAUCUCUACAAGCUGCAUCUGGGCGAGACGAAGCAACCGCAGCAACCAUCUAUCCCAGAGACCUUUACUCCUGGCUCUGUUUCUGGCUCUGUUCACAGGCCCCCCAAGUCGGCCAAAUCUCCUGCCACGCCCUUCAUCAAGGUAUUGCUGCGCAAGACGCCCACCGUGGUGCUGUUCGAACGUCACAGCAUGACGGCCCUAGCAGACACCGAAGAGGGCCGGCUGGUGCUCGAGGAUAACCAGCGGUACGAGGAGCUGCUGGCGGGCACGGACAAGUCGCGACGCACCGUCGACUCGGACACCCAAACCAUUACGGCGCUGAAGAAGUCGCGCCUGGUGAACACGGAGCGCCUGACAACCGAGCAGAUUGGCUCAUAUGUGUCCAACUUUGAGAUGUUCGAUACGUACCAGGACCUGGAAACGUCCACCACGAGUGUGCAGGUGCAGGGCGCCCAGAAAAUGGAGGUCACCACAUAUCACGUGGGAGGCGUGGACCAGUUUGUAGCGAUCAACAGCAUGCCCAACUUCAAGCUGGCCCUAAUGCUCACCAUGCGCAUCCUGGCGAGCAAUGUGUACGAGCCGCAGCAGCGACGAUACCGGAAUAUGGCCAUGCCUGAUCCGCUGGCUGAGGAUGUCAAGUUCAAGUACCGUUUGGGUCUUCUGUGGCGCCUGAGUCCGCCCUCCCCGCUACCUAGGGUCCAUCAAGCGGUGAGCGACGUGAGCUUCUGCCCCAGCAACGGCGACAUCAUGGCCGUGGCCUAUGGCGUAUAUAGUCAUGCCAAUAUGUCCCGAUUGCCGCGUUGCGGCUACGUUUACGUGUGGAACAUCAAGAAUCCAGUGAACCCCGAACGCUGCUUCAACUACGAGGUGCCAGUGGUCACCGUGGAGUUCUCCCCAUCAGCUCCCCAACUGCUGGCCAUUGGCCUGCAUAAUGGCAGCGUCGAGGUCCGUAAUAUCUCACAGCCGGAGCAGCCGCCGCUAGCCAUUUCUCACCGCAGCACAUCGCCCCACUUUGAGCCAGUGACAGCCAUCAGGUGGAUUCGAAUAGCAGGCGAUGUAGGUGGCCCGGCCGUUAUCACACCCUUCCUGGCCAUAUCCCGGGCUGGCGCCGUCACCAAGUAUCGCCUGAUAAACAGUCCCCAUCUGCUGGGCUUCGAACAGCAGCGUCUGCAGCGGGCCGAGGGCGAGCUGGAGGGCCUAAAGAUCGAUCGUCCGGUGCCGGCGGCCUCGCUGCAGGCCAAUCGGCAUCCGCAGUGCCUGGAACUGGUACUGGAUCCGGUGCAGGCAGACAUCUACUAUGUCCUCACUGACGAGGGCACCCUCUACAAGUACUCCACCAACUAUCCGCUGCAGCAUCUGGAGCAGCGGCAGGUGCACAAUGGUCCGGCCGUGGGCAUGGAGUUCUCUCCUUGGUCCCCCAAGAUGUACCUCACCUGCGGCAGCGACUGGUGCAUACGGAUUUGGCUGGCUGGCAUUCUCUCGCCGGUCAUCACAUUGCGCCACCAUCUCUCGCCCGUGCACAGCGCCCGCUGGAGUCGCACCCACUCCACCAUACUGGUAUCGCUCACCCGCAGCACCGUGGACAUUUGGGAUUUGCGCAACAGCACCCUGAAGCCCGUGUCCUCGACCACGAUAGAUGCCACCAUCUACUACACAACCUUUCGGUUUUCCCACUGUGGUCGCUCUUUGGCGGUGGGCAACGAGGCCGGUAAUCUGCUGAUGCUUUCGUUCGAGGACAUGCCUUUUCCCCCGCACUUCCAGUACAAGCAGCUGAAGAGAGCCAUCUUCAAGGCGCUGGCCAUGGAACCCGAUCUCCAGCAGCAGGUGAAGAGUGUCGGCUACUUUGGCUAUCCCGCUGGCAACAAACAGCCAAAGGCGUUUAAAUAUUAA